AUGGAGGAGCAGGGUCGACGCGGGUAUUGGGCGGUAUUUCGAAGUUUGGCCGAGUCCCUGGGGCCGCCAGCCGCCGCGGCGCUGGUGCCCAUGACCAUGGAUAGCACGAUGCGGCUCGGAAUGGCGGACUUGAAGCCCGAGUCGGAGCCGGAGCCGGAGCCGGAAGAGGAUCGGGGCGGGCCGACGAGGAAGACGGUAGAGGAGGCGACAAGGAGAACGGUAGAAGAGGAUGAAGAGGGAGCGGAAGAGGACCCUGACGUGGGAGGGGCGGGGAUAAUGGGCGGGAGGCUCGAGGCCGGUGGCGCUACAUUCGAGGGAGGGGCGGCGGGAACGUUGGAGGCCACGGGGGCCGGGACCGGGGCUGGGGCCGCACUGGGCGUAGGGGCAGGCGCGGGGGCGGCGUCCUUGGCAGUCGGGAACGAGCCGGCGGCCCAGCCGACGAGGCCGACGAAGACGUCCGAGUUCUCGUUGAUCAGGGUGUUCUGGGAGCAGAAGGCGGUCAUGCAGCUGACGUCGAGCGAGGCGCCCGUAGCCUGGGGGUGUCAAUCAUCUCUGGGUGUCGGCCGGGUUGAGCCGCCAACGGUGCGGUGA